AUGGUACCUUUGCCUACAGCGUUCUUUGUCAUCCUCGACUCCCUGCGGUUGAAGUUUUUCUCUCCUUAUCUAGAUUUGGUUUUCGUUUCGUUGCAGCUCUUCUUCUCGUACUUCAAGGAGUUGGUAGGUAAAGAAGUGACGGUGGAGCUGAAGAAUGAUCUUGCCAUCAGAGGAACCCUCCACUCCGUCGACCAAUACCUCAACAUCAAGCUUGAGAACAUCAAAGUCGUAAACGAAGACAAAUACCCUCACAUGCUCCUCCACCUCUCCCUCGCAAGUGGCAUCCACGACGAGGAGACUAGAUGCUGGAGAAGACACCGCUUCAUUAAGGAGCUCAUGGAUGAGAACCAUGCCAUCGUGUCUUCCUCCGUUGGUUCGGAGUACUAUGUUGGUAUACUGUCGCUUGUUGACAAAGAUCAGUUGGAACCGGCUUUCAAAGCAUUUGUCUAUCUUAGACUUGUCUGUUUGACAGAAUCAAUAUGCAAUGUUCUAUCUGUUGUUGGAAUACUUCAGGAUGAAGUGGAUCCUAUGGCUUCUGUUAUGAAAGUUGAAAAGGCUCCUUUGGAGUUUUAUGUUGAUAUUGGUGGCUUAGAUGCUCAAAUCCAAGAAAUUAAAGAAGCUGUUGAACUUCCACUUACUCAUCCUGAGUUAUAUGAGGAUAUUGGAAUUAGGCCUCCCAAGGGAGUAAUAUUAUACGGCUUGUUUAUUCACUGA